CUCCGCGGGGCGGAUGGGCUCCGCACCGACCCCGCACUUCCGGCCUUUGUGGGCUGUGGGACGCUCGGGGCCUCCUUGCCCGGGGAGAGUCGGGCGCCUGGAGGACCCGCGCCUCGGGGACUUGUGAGGUCCCGGCCUGGACGUGCAGCGCCCGGGCACUGGAUGCGGACCAGCUGGGAGGCGAUCUGAGGACACGAGUUGCAUGUUGUUUUUCGAUCUCCUUUAAUGUAGUUAUAAGCCUACCUCUGUCCUCCCUUCUUCCCGCCCCAUUGCCUGUUGGAGAGACGCCGCUGGUCGUCCCGGGAGUAUCUUCGAGAUUCGCCUCUUCGUGAUGCGCUCUGGUGUCAGGCGUGCGCGCACGGAGGUUAGACUGCCGGGCCACCGCCUCCCUGCACCCCGCACCAGCGAGAGCCUUCCACGUCCGCGCUAGAAUGGCUUCGGCGGAGGGUCGGGAUGUACUGAAGAUCGUGAAGGUGGAGGAAGACUCAUUCAGGGACCAAAAGCUCCACCUGUCAGCCAACAGCUUUUCUGUCCAGGAGGCCUCACGCCAACUUUUUAGGCAGUUUUGUUACCAAGAGACGCCUGGUCCCCGAGAAGCUCUGCGCCGGCUCCGAGAACUCUGCCGCCAGUGGCUGCGGCCCGAGACCCGCACCAAGGAGCAGAUCCUGGAGCUGCUGGUGCUGGAGCAGUUCCUGAGCAUGCUGCCCGAGGAGCUGCAGGCCUGGGUGCGGGGGCAGCAGCCCGAGAGCGGGGAGGAGGCCGUGGCUGCCAUUGAAGAUCUGGAGCAAGAGUUCAGCGAGCCUGGGCACCAGGCCCCAGAGCGAGAACAUGGACAUUUUCAAGGGCUCUCAGAAGAUGUGGCACUUCUAAAGUCCAAGCAGGAAUCAAAAACCAUCCAGUUCCCGUCCAUAGAGACACAACUCAAACAUGAAUCUUUGGGCUUCCACCAAUUUCAAGAACAAGGCAGUGAAACUAUACCUGUAAAUCAAAAGUUGGCAUCCAAGGUAGACACCUUGAAAGAAGUGGAACAUUUGGGGGAAAGCAGACCCCAGGGAGAUGCUCAUAUGGCUUCCAAGUCCAGAGAAAGUAGUCACUGUCAGAGCUGGGUACAGAGGCAGCCCCAGCCCCAUGCUGGAGAGAGGCGCUACAGGUGCAGCCAGUGUGGGAAAAGCUUCUCCCAGAGCUCAGACCUCCUUCAGCACCAGACCAUCCACACUGGGGAGAAGCCCUAUGAAUGUGACAGUUGUGGGAAGGCCUUUAGGCAGAGAUCAGGCCUGACUGAACAUCAGCGCAGCCACACUGGAGAGAAGCCUUACCAGUGUAAGGAGUGUGGGAAAGCCUUCAGUGCCAGCAAUGGCCUCAUCAGACACAGAAGAAUCCACACGGGAGAGAAACCCUACGAGUGCAAGGUAUGUGGGAAGGCGUUCCGCCUUAGCUCGCACCUUGUCCAGCACCAGCGGACACACACCGGCGAGAAGCGCUACCAGUGCACAGAGUGCGGCAAGGCCUUCAGCAGGAACGCAGUGCUCCUGCAGCACCGCCGCAUCCACACCGGGGAGAAGCCCUACCCAUGCAGCCACUGCAGCAAGAGCUUCAGCACGCGGACCGUCUUCAUGAACCACCAGCGAAGCCACACUGGAGAGAGACCGUACGCGUGUGACCAGUGCGGGAAAGCCUUCAGUCAUCACUGUAACCUUGUCAGGCAUUGUAGAACCCACAGCACAGUGAAACUGGACCGCUUCUGUGGCCGUGCACACCUCUAGGUGUGGCCAUCUUACAAAAUGUUACCAAAUCGCCUAUUCCAUUCUUUUGGGAUGAAUAGCUUGUCUAAAACUCAGAAACUGAUGUCUCCUGGAUGGAUGCCUGUGGGAGCUCCUGAUGGCCUCCUUGUUUCCUAACCCUUGAUUUAUUGCUAUUGAUUUCCCAUAGCAGCCAAGUCUCAUCUGAAAGUGGGUACGGAGAACCUUGUCUCGAUAACACUGAAUGUUGAACAAGUCUAAACAUGUCUUUAUAUAUUGUUUAAAGACUGGGUAAAUUAAAAAGAAAGAACAACAAAAAAAGAUGGGGUAAAUUCAGAUGAUAUACAGAGGUGUCUCUUGUGACAUUUUAAACACUUGUAAGCCUUUGAGAAUCAGCAUACUUCCACACAGCAGUAGUUGAUGGGGUCCCUGGGAAUCAGCAUUACCUGUUCACACAGCAGUAGUUGCUGUGCUGUCUCUAAACAUUGUGAUGGGCAGGCAUGUACAGUGUGAGUAUACAUAGGCUGAGGUUGAGGAGUCAUGAGUGUCCUGGCUCUAUGCUGAGGGGAUUUGUUUAAGUGUGGCAUCUAGAGAACACUCAGCAUUAAUAGUUGGGAAUGUUUCUUAAAUAUUAGAGUGUAGAUUUUACAUGUUUAUGUCAUUGCUCAAACAUUGAAGUCAGAGCUGGGCAUGGUGGUGCCUUUAAUCCCAGCACUUGGGAGGCAGAGGUAGGAGGAUCACUGCAAAUUCUAGGCCACGCUGA